AAACACUCGGUAUCUCGCUCACAUGCACACUUAUGGAUAUAGUUAUUCGGCCAGGUCAACUGUCGGAGGUUGCACUUCCGGUGCUUCUGGCAGCCGGCUCAACUUCUGGACGAACAUUCUGGCCAGCACGUUGGGGGACUUGAAGGCAGAGCUGCAAGCACCGGAGGCAUGCUGUCAGAUCGCUCCCAUCGAUUGCCAUUCUGCGUUCUACGGAAUUUUAGUCAAUUGUCAAUUAUAGCUAGACUCCAACAAAUCUCCUCCGAUUAGCGCAAUGGCGCUUCUCUCCUUUUCUUUUCCUCUUAUUUUCUUUUCUUUCUCUUGGCCUGAAGGCUAACAGACCUUGAGGCGAAGCUUCAGCCGACAAUCAAGCGACCCAUCAGCCGACGAACUGCUGUGUCUCAAAUUCCAUGUGAGCAUGUGAGGUCAACGACACCCCUAAAUACGAAUGUAGCUGCAUGUGCGGGGAGUGCGAGGCUCGAACACAAGCUAUGGCGGGACUGGAAUUGAGACGUCGAUUUCCAUGCUGAUCUCACGAUUUAUACUAUAAAAUUUUAGAUUCAGGGACAACAUCAAUUUCGCCGUUCUUUCUUCCACCGUCUGUGCUUGAUGCAGGUCCAAGCCUCAACCAUUGCCCAGUACAAGCUUCCACAACCGGGCUUGGAAUUCCCGUCAUAACGAGAAAUAACGUGGAGGCUACGUGAGCCAAUUCCCGCAGCUCAAGAUGAAUCCCAUGAAACAAAGUCCCAUUUCCAGAUUCUGGCGAUUGCGGAGAGUGUUCUCGAUGCCGAAAAUUUUUCACAAGACUGCCACUCCUCCUUCCUCCCGCAGCCGGAGACAAGUAGGCAAAAUGUUGAGCAGCAGAUUCAAACGGGCAUUGUCAUGGAGUACCAGCAGAAGUUCCAGGAUCCCUGGAGGUACUCGUCCAUAUCCUGCUACGAGUGCUAUAUCGGCCGACAUAAGCCGAAGAAGCAGCUCCUCGUAUGUUGCAGACUUGACGAGUCUACCUCGCGUUAGCACCGGUACCCAUCAUUGCUCCAAGAGCUCGUCUACUGGGAAAUAUGACAAGAGUGCUCUCUCUCGAACACGAAGUCUUCCGGAAUGGAAGACCCGGGGCGCCGAUUUGCAAGUAACACCUUCCAGUGGACCUCUGAGGUACAAUUUCUGGCCACUCUCUCCCAGGUAGUGGGAGAGAGAGAAAGAUCGCUGAGAAGGCGCAAUUGCUCUAAACAUCGCAGGACAUUCGUCGUCAUCAACAAGAAUAUGGAGAAGGAGCUGUCUGUAUAUACCACUAUGAGUUCAUGCUGGAGAAAUGGGCUAACUUGCCCCUGUCACCGAGUGCCAUUCUGAGAACUUUUCCGCCAAGAAUCCAGGUUGCAGACAAUCAGUCCCAGCAAGCUCUCGAGCUGCCUCGAGUACAAAUCUACUACGCUUGAGCGAGAGCCCUUUCUGGAUGCUGUUGUUACUAGAAAUGCGUCAUGUUUGGCUUGCAGUAGGCCGAGAGUUGGUCGCUCUCUGGAAGCCUGAAUAAGGUUUGAUUUAAACUUGGCGCAUAUGUUUAACACGGUUUGGCAGAUUUACCGUCCUAGAGGGGGAUUUAAAUGAACCUAGAUAAAACAAGUCCUCAGAAUCGCACCAUUCAACUUUGUACACAUUCAAUUUUGAGUGUCCAGCUUUGAUGUCUUCCAAAGUUAAGGCCGACGUGAGAAAUCCAUGACAAUCAUAUGGAUCAACAUUCUGCACUUCGCUAAGCGAAAAGUCAAGCUUUGUAAGGACAUGUAAUUCUUGA